AGGCCUCAGAAGCCGGAUCCCUGACCCACGGGCAGGCGGGGGUUGCGGCGGCGCCGGUCCUUCCCCAAUUUCCAUCAACUCCUCGGCAUGGCACCUUGCGCCGCGCCAGGCACACAAGGAGCGCUCAGCCGGUGUCAGCUAUUAAUAGGCACCUCCGACUGCCCUCCCCAGCCCGUCGCCCCGCCCUCCCCGGGCGCCCUCCGCCCCCAGCCCUUGUCCGGGUGACAUCGGAGCCCGCGUCUGGGCGGCCGGGGUGGGGUGGGCGGCGCAGGGACGCCGCUACCCCCGCCAGCGCCUUGCGCCCUGUGCCCGCAGCACCGGCGCCCCCAAUGCGCCAGGCGGCGGGACGGCGGCGUCGGGGGGCGCCAUGGCCUCGGCGGCGGCGAGCGAGACGGAAGAGACCACCCGGCUGCGCAAGCCGCGCUUCUCGUUCGAGGAGAACCAGAUCCUGAUCCGGGAGGUGCGCGCCCACUACCCGCAGCUCUAUGGCGCGCAGAGCCGUCGAGUGAGCGUGGCCGAGCGGCGGCGCGUGUGGGACGGCAUCGCCGCCAAGAUCAACAGCAUCACCAGCUGGAAGCGCACGGGCCAGGAGGUGCAGAAGCGCUGGAACGACUUCAAGCGCCGCACCAAGGAGAAGCUGGCCCGCGUGCCGCACUCCACGCAGGGUACCGGGCCCGCCGCCGAGGACGCCUUCUCUGCGGAAGAGGAGACCAUUUUUGCCAUCCUGGGGCCGGGCGUGUCCGGGCCGGGGGCCGGAGCCGAGCAGCCCCCUGCGGCUGCGUCCUCACAGCCGGCCCCAGGCACCUUUAGCCAACGCUACGUGUUGUCCGAGGACCGCAGAGAGGACCGACGGGCAGAUACACCAGCCCACAGCAAGGGGGGCUCCAGCAGCCCGGAGUCCUGGGCCCGGCCCUCCUGCUACCCCCAGGAAGGGGGCUGCCCGCGGCCCAAGGAGCGUGAGUCCCCGCCCCCUCCAGCCCUGCAGGCCGUGCAGCUGCCCCGCCUGGCCCUGUCUCCGCCGCCCCCUGCCCCUCCAGUGCCACCACCACCUCCGCCGCCCACCCGCGUGGCACCCUCGCCCCCCAGCCCCCCACCUCCGCCGCUGCCUCCACCUACACCCUCGACCCCAGAACCCUCCCUGGACUUCCUGCGGGCCCAGCAGGAGACUGCCAACGCCAUCCGGGAGCUGGCUGGCACCCUCCGGCAGGGACUGGCCAAACUGAGCGAGGCCCUCAGCGCCCUGCUGCCUCUUCUGCAGGGAGCCCCAGCCGACCCGCUGCCCCCACCCCUGCCCCCACCCCCACCCCCGCCUCCCAGGCCCGCCCUGCCCCCUCCGGCCCCCAAGGUGGAGAUCACCCCAGAGCCGGUAUCUGUGGUGGCUGCUGUGGUGGACGGGGCCGUGGUGGCGGCCAGGGGGGUGAUUAUCGCCCCUAGGAGCGAGGAGGGGACCCCCCGGCCACCCCCAGCCCCGCUCCCACCCCACGACUCACCCCCACACAAGAGGAGAAAAGGUUUCCCCACACGGAAGAGGCGGGGUCGAUGGAAAUCUCCGUGAAAUCCGCUCGUGGGUUCCAGCUUGGCUCCUUCUGCCUGCACCCUGUCCCCCCCAGCUUGGCGCAGUCGAGGGGUCAGUGCUCCUUCCCCAUCCCAGCUGCACCCUGGCUUCCUGCUCCAGGGCCAUGAGCACCCCACUCCCUGUGCUAGUUAGUGCCUGAUUCUCCGGGGGGCCUCACGGGUGGGCCCCCCCAGCCCCUUUCUCCGGUACAGUGCUGUCUGCCUGGCUGCCUCCUUUAACCCUGACUUCUAAGCCAUCAAUUUUAUGUUAUUUAUUAUUGCCCCAUGUGGGGGGGGAGGGAACCUCAGCUCUGCACACACCCCCUUCCCUAACAACUCCUGUUCUUGACUUGAAGAGAAUUGACCCGUGGGGGCUUCCCCACUUACCCAUCCCAGAUUUUGGAGAGGGUUGGGGGUUGCGAGACAAAUCAGAAAAUGGAUGACAAAGAGGGUACAGUAGUCUCGGGGACUGCUAGGGAGAGGGGUUGGAGGUCUGAUGGGGGAACGUAAAUUGGGCCCUUGGACCCCCACACUGUGGCCUCUGACCUCCAGAGCUCAGCUUCCUCCUUUCUCCCCAGUGGUGACAAGAUAUCAAUAAACUUAUUUUUAAUACAGUAA